AUGAUACCAGACUGGGAAUUUCUAACUAUCAUAGAUGGCGGUGGAUAUGGUCUUUUCGGAGCCGAGUAUGACCCCAGUGAGUGGAUCAACACAAAUAGUAAUGGCUUCAUUACAGUCAUGAUCCAGUACAGACUGGGCGCCUUUGGCUUCUUAGCAUCAGAAGACAUACAAAAAUACGGAAAAGUCAAUGCAGGACUACUUGAUAUGCGAUUCGCUCUAGAAUGGGUCCAGAAGAAUAUCGAGAAGUUCGGUGGUGAUGCCUCGCGCGUUACAGUCGGCGGUGAAUCUUCUGGGGCUGCCUCGGCGAUGUUACAAGCAAUGGCCUAUGGCGGUCGUGAGGAUACUUUGUUCAAUAAUAUAAUAGCCGCCAGUCCCUACACUCCGGCUAUGUAUCAGUACGACGAUGAAGUACCGAUGAAUCAUUACCAGCACUUUGUGUCGCGAGCAGGGUGUGAUCAAGAAAGCAAUAGCUCGCAGUCAGCUGUCUUUGAGUGCCUUGUGAACGCAGAUACCAUUACUUUGCAAUAUGCCAGUGCCAAUGUCUCGAUUUCAGGCGAAUGGGGGACUUGGGCUUUUCAGCCUGUGGUCGAUGGUGAAUUUAUUCAAGAGCUGCCUUCUAAGCAGUUGCUUCAGAAGAAAGUAAGUGGGAAGCGAAUUCUUUCUGGUAACAAUGCCAACGACGGCGUCCCCUUAAGUCCCCCAUACAUCAACACUACCGCAGCAUUCUCGAAGUAUCUCAAGUCUGCCUUCCCCUUAUUCAAUGACACCGACUAUUUGAAGCUUAGUGAGAUCUAUGGUAUCCAGAGUACUUCUCCUCAGAAUACCGCUCCCCGUUACGACACACUAGGAGACCAUGGUCCAACAGCACUAAACCAAUCCGAAAUGGCCACCGGUCUGCAACAAACCGUAUUCAAUAUAUUUGCCGAGACAACGUUCGACUGUCCUUCAUACUUGCUCGCAGAAGCGUUUUCAGAUUUUACCAAGGAGAGUUGGAAAUAUCAGUAUUCUGUUACGCCUGCAUACCAUGGCGCUGACUUAACCGCGUAUUUCUCUGUUGGAGCGACCACACCUACCCGUGGUCUGAUGCAUGCAAUGCAAAAGAUACUGGGUACCUUUAUCAUUGAGAAUACACCGGUUAUCUCCAUAGAAGAUGCGAAGGGUGGUAAUGAUAAUUCUACUGUUCCUAAAGGUGUGAAUGGUAGUAUCUCCUGGCCAAUGUGGAAUACUCGUUCUCCUUUACUGAUGAAUCUGAAUACUACUGGUGGACAUGUUGUCUUUGAUCAGGUGACGGAGGAUCUUUCAUACUGGAUUCGAGAGGGUCCUGGAGUUACGAAUGAGUUUACAUUGGCAGAUGCAGCGAAAUGGGAGGGUGAUCGUGGUGAGCGUUGUGGGUUUUGGAGGAGUGUUGGACCGCGUGUGCCUCAAUAA